AGAGCGGUAUGGAUUGUAUGUAUUUGUGCAGCAAAUGCAUAAAUUUUCCGUGCCUUGUCGUAUGACAAAUGCAUUGCGCAUGUUUUUCAUAGAUGGAUACAUUCCGUUUAUAUAACAUUUGUGAAAAGUAUCGUCGAAAUCCGAAUACAUCGAUGCAGAGUUUCAUUGUCGUCAUAUGACGUCAUCGAAUGGAUUUUCAUUCGUGUGUUUUUCAAAUUGUUUGCAAGAAAUGGUGGAAUUUUCAGAACAAACAGCGUUAUCACUUCGUCAAUCAUUUUAUCGUUGAGGUGAUGCUACUCUGCUCAUAGUGUUUCAGUUGCUGAUUGUGUUGUGAAUUUGUUGUUGACAAUUUUGAUUUUGAUUUGCGAUGCAGACAAACGACGAUAGCAUUCAUUGUGAUCGAACGAGCAUCAGACAAACAUCCAACGAUAUUCAAUGAAUCCGCACAUAUUGCAUUGGAGCUAUCGGGAUUUUCGUGAAUUUCCCAACGAAUUGCUUGACCACAGUGAUACACUUGAAGAGAUUUAUCUAAAAGAGAAUUUCAUCCCAACCAUUCCGAAAUGGCUCUUUCAUUCAUUCGUACAUUUGAAAUUUAUUCAACUGAGUGGCAAUUUAUUGCAGACAAUUCCACGUGAAAUUUGUGAUUUGCGCAAUUUAGAGCAUUUGGAUGUAUCAAAAAACAAACUUAUUGAACUGCCAGAACAGAUCGGUCAACUGAACAAAUUACAGUAUUUAAAUGCUAGUGAGAAUGAAAUUAUCUCAUUGUUCAAAGGUAUCGGUGCAAUGAAGUCAUUGGAAACGUUGAAUUUGUCCAAGAAUCGCUUAAGAGAAUUACCGAUUGAUGUCGCAUCUACUUCACUUGCUGAGCUGAUUCUGAAUGACAAUGACCUUAUAGAGAUCCCGACGAAAAUCAUGUCAAUGGAAAGUCUCAAGGUGCUGGAAGCUGAACGUUGCUCAUUAGAAUACUUGCCAGGCAUUGUAGGUGACCGUGUGACACAUAUUCGGAUUUUUAACAAUCCAAAGCUGACACACUAUCCGACCGUUUAUGAGAAAUUCCUUCGAUUGCACUAUGAUUAUUGGUCGGAGAAUGUUGUCAGCGCUGAUUUGUUAAUGAUUUUUCUACCGGACGAGAGCAAAAGAACGAUUGUACCACGGCAAGUGGAACGGAUCCGCUUGGACAACAGUCCCAAUAGUUUAACCGAAUACUGUUUACGAGGUUUAUAUGCAAAUCGACCAUAUUAUGAGAUAGUUUGUGCAAAUUUGGUCGAAAAUGAACUGCCACGACGCAUAUUUCGCUGCGUGCAAUAUGGUCCAAUUUGCCGAUGCGGCAAUGGUGAAUGUGAUAACAUGUUAUUCACCGAAUGCCAUUUUUCACUGAUGAAAAAAAAUCAGAGUCCAUCGCAUAUUAUUUUCAGCAAUAUGUUCUGUUCGAAAACCUGUCUCACCAAAUGGCACGAAGUUUUUAAGGCAAAAUACCAUCCCAUCGACUGGAUUCAUUUUGUUUAAGCAAUGAUUCGAAGCAUUAACAAUACACUUGAGAUUUAUGAUGAAAUACAUUCACUUAGUUCUAUUUUAAUAGGUUGAAAUUCUUGUUUUGCAAAAACUUAAGGAUAAACACAAACACAUAAAACGAGCAUUGUAUAUUGUAUCUUUGUUCAAUUCGAUAUUCAUCGCUUGCGCUGAGUACUACUUUAGUUUAUUGGCCAUUGCAAUCUGAUUUCGAAGAAAAUAGAAGAAAAAGAGAACCAAGUCAAGCUCCUUCAACUUUUUCGAAAUGACAUUCAAAUUUCUUUUUUCCUCAACCAGAAAAGUUUUCGCCGAAUUUUGUUACAUACAUCAACUCUGCAAGAGCUCUCUACCAAAGUGUUCCAUUAACAAAAAUUAACUCGUUAUAUAUAAAUAUAUAAAUUUAUAAAAUGAUGAUUAUGUGAAUUAAAGGUGCGAUAACGAAAGCGAUAGCAAGCGCAAUAAUGUAAUGCGACUUUUACUAUCGUAAAUCGUUGUCAGGAAGGAAUCGAAUGUCGAAAUAAUGAAGCGAAACUGGUUUAUUGAUGGCUGGGCGCAGUGGAACAGACAGACCGGCAGCCGAAAGACGCACUCAACGUCUGGUUGUAUAAGCACAUAUCGCAUGUGUUCUUUUGAUGUCAAUAUGCCGAAAGGUUAAAUGGACUGAGCAAAAGAAGCUGGACCAACUUGCCGCAAUUUAGAUGCUAUAUGGCAAAAACGUAUGUACGCUGCCGCUGCCGUCGUCUGUCCCAUGGCUGUGCAGAAUGUGGAGAAUGUUUGUAAAGGGCAUUGUUUUCCAUGCAGAUUUAAUUUUUUUCUUGUCUCAUGGCUUUAUUUCUUUUCUUGUUGUUGUUUCGAAUCAUUCUUCUUUUAAAAUAUAGAGCACCAAAUUUCCAAUGGCACCAAAUUUAGUAUAAAACUGCUAGCUUAACCACCGCAAUGGUAUCAGUUGAAUUCACUCAAUCCAACGACAAACAUCUCUCAACUUUUCUGCAGGGAACAUUCAAGUUAAUCGAGUAAUUUUAGAAACAAUGGCUUUUAAAUUGAUAACAGUAUUGUGCGCCACAUUGGCCUAUGCAAAUGCAGGUCUAUUGGCACAAACCGCGUACUCAGCACCAGUCGCUCAUUACUCAUCAGCACCAGCCGUGAGCCAUGUAUACAGUUCAGUUGCACACCAGCCAGCUGUCCUUGCACACGGUAAGUCAUUUGUCAAUUAUUUGAAUUGAUUUCGUUGCUCUUUGAUCUGGUUGAAUUUCGGACCAAAUGCAAUCAAUUGGUAAGAACGCCGAAUUUUUUUCGGUUAGAACUUACUGUCCAAUUGAAUCCAGAAAAAAAAGUUAUUUUUUUAUGGCGGAAUCUAUUUUUCAUGUGUUUCACUCGUUUUAAUAACUGCACCUGUGUUGUCCGCACCGGCUGUUGCCAAAAUCGGUACAAUCACUUGUAAAUAGCCAGAGUGUUUUUCUGUCUAUUAAUGAUGACGUUUUAUUUGUCAAUUAAUAGCAGCUCCAGUUGUAGCCGCACCAGCCUAUGCUCAAUCGUAUGCUGUUGCCCCAGCUGUCAAAACCUAUGCAGCUGCACGUAAGUUUGACAACAUUUUCUCGCAAAGCUAUAAAUACAUAAUAUUUCUAAUAUUGACAUGCUAAUUUUCGUCUAGCUGUAUUGCACGCACCAAUUUCGAAGGUUGCCUACUCCCCAGCAAGUGAAGUAAGCCACGUUUACAGCUCAAUCGCCGCUCCUCAGUACGCUUAUAGUGCUCAUGCCGCUCCUCAGUACGCUUAUAGUGCUCAUGCCGCUCCUCAGUACGCUUAUGGUGCUCAUGCCGCUCCACUUGCCAUCCAUAGCCCAGCCAUCGGUUCCAGCCAACAAAAUACAUACAGAUCUCUUGGUGGAACCAUAUCGACCCACUCGAAGGCUGUUAAUAGUGCAUUCUCAAGCGAUAUCAGAUCGGAUACUCGUAUCUCAAAUAAUGUUUACAUACCAGCUUUGGCCACCAAAACGAUUGCCUACCAACAACCAGCCAUCCUUGAGCAAAAACACAUUCCAGCCACGGUUGUAUCACACGUUGCUUUCGAUGGCAUCGGCGCUCACUAUGCUUGGUAAAUCAAAAUCAUCGAUAUGAACAUUCUAUUCGAACGAAAUCGAUAUUCGUUGACAAUGCAUGUAUGUGUGUGUGCUUAAAAAAAUCAAUUAUAAAUAUUUAUUAUUUUGUUUGUUCGCCGCAAUUAUUUAUGAAUAUUGUUGAUGAAUUGAAGAAAUAAAAAUUACCCAUAAUUUCACAAAAGAAAA